CAGGCGGGACAGGUCAUGAGCUGCAAAAUGGCUGACGCUGCCGAGAGCUUCUGGAGGCCUCCGCGGAGCUGCGAGCAUUACUGGGCUGAGUGGAAACACUGCCGGACCUUGAGGAACUUCGUACAUCAUUACUACACCUACGGGGAGACCCCGGCCUGUGACCAAUGGAAAAGGGAUUACAGACACUGCCGGCAGUGGGAGGAGAGUGGUAGUCUGGAGGCCAAGCAAUGCCUCUGCGAGAGUGAGCAAGCCCGCAUCCUGGCCAAGCAGAAGCAUGCCCCAGUGUGGACCAUGAGGCAGAGCCCCCCCAGGGACUGGCACCUGCCUCUGCCCGGGGAGGAGAAAUCCAAGUGAGGGAGCA